AUGGCUGCCAACGCCCUCACCGGCGGGAGCGAUGACGUCCGCGUCAUCGGCUACGAUCCUCUCAUUCCCCCUCAGCUUCUCACUCAAGAACUUCCCGCACCCGCCAAUUCGCUACCCACCGUACUGCGAGGCCGCACCGAAGCCAUUGAGAUCCUCAAAGGCCAUGACGACCGCCUGCUCGUUGUCUGCGGACCCUGCUCCCUCCACGACCCCGACACCGCCAACGAGUACUGCUCGCGUUUGGUCAAGCUGGCCGACAAGCUAAAGGCCGACCUGCUCGUCGUCAUGCGCGCCUACCUGGAGAAGCCACGCACCACGGUGGGCUGGAAGGGCCUCAUCAAUGAUCCUGACAUCGACGAGACGUACAAGAUCAACAAAGGGCUGAGGGUCAGCAGGAAGCUGUUCUGUGAUCUCACCGAGAAGGGCAUGCCCAUUGCCACGGAGAUGCUCGACACCAUCUCGCCGCAGUUCCUCGCCGAUCUCAUCUCCGUGGGUGCCAUUGGCGCUCGCACCACUGAAUCUCAGCUUCAUCGUGAACUCGCCUCCGGUCUCUCCUUCCCCAUGGGCUUCAAGAAUGGCACGGAUGGCGGGCUUGGUGUUGCCGUCGACGCCAUUGGUGCCGCGGCCGCGAAGCAUCAUUUCAUGGGUGUUACCAAGCAAGGUCUGGCGGCUAUUACCCGCACCAAUGGAAACCCGGAUUGCUUCGUCAUUCUACGCGGAGGCACUGCUGGCACCAACUUUGACGCAGCGAGCGUCGAGAAGACGCGCGAAACGUUGAAGAAGAAGGGUCAACGCGAAGUGAUGAUGAUUGAUUGCUCGCAUGGCAACUCUCAAAAAGACCAUCGCAACCAGCCCAAAGUCGCACAGGUCGUCGGCGAUCAGAUACGUCAGGGGCAGGACGCGAUUGUGGGCGUCAUGAUCGAGUCAAACAUCAACGAGGGUAACCAGAAGCCGCCCGCUCCUAACGCUGGCGGGCUCGCCGCGUUGAAAAAGGGCGUCAGCAUUACGGACGCGUGUGUCGAUUGGGAUACCACUGUCGAAGUGCUCGAGCAGCUCGCGGACGCGGUUCGUACGAGACGCCUGUUGAAAGCAAAGCAGCCAAACGGGCAUGCAGCACCGACCGCCAAUGGCGCGCAUUAA